AGUCCCUGUAACCAUUCAGCCAGGUGUUGGGAAGAUAUGUAGUAGCUGAGCACCCUUCUGACACUAUCCUCAGAAUCAGCUUUGGAGAUGCUUUCACCCUGUCCGUCUUCUUCAGCAGCCAGGCAGAGUGCUGACUCCUUCACAGCAGUGAGGAACUCUUCUGGCUCCAGAAGCUCUUAAAUCUGAUCUACAAUGGAAAAAUUUCUUUUUUAUCUGUUUUUCAUUGGCAUAGCAGUGAGAGCUCAGAUCUGUCCAAAGCGUUGUGUCUGUCAGAUUUUGUCUCCUAAUCUCGCAACCCUUUGUGCCAAGAAAGGGCUUUUAUUUGUUCCACCAAACAUUGACAGAAGAACUGUGGAACUGCGGUUGGCAGACAAUUUUGUUACAAAUAUUAAAAGGAAAGAUUUUGCCAAUAUGACCAGCUUGGUGGACCUGACUCUAUCCAGGAAUACAAUAAGUUUUAUUACACCUCAUGCUUUUGCUGACUUACGAAAUUUGAGGGCAUUGCAUUUGAAUAGCAACAGAUUGACUAAAAUUACAAAUGAUAUGUUCAGUGGGCUUUCCAAUCUCCAUCAUUUGAUACUGAACAACAAUCAGCUGACUUUAAUUUCUUCUACAGCAUUUGAUGAUGUCUUUGCCCUUGAGGAGCUGGAUCUGUCCUACAAUAAUUUAGAAACAAUUCCUUGGGAUGCUGUUGAGAAGAUGGUUAGCUUGCACACCCUUAGUUUGGAUCACAACAUGAUUGAUAACAUUCCUAAGGGGACUUUCUCCCACUUGCACAAGAUGACUCGGCUAGAUGUAACAUCAAACAAAUUGCAGAAGCUACCACCUGACCCUCUCUUUCAGCGAGCUCAGGUAUUAGCAACCUCAGGAAUAAUCAGCCCAUCAACUUUUGCAUUAAGUUUUGGUGGAAACCCUUUGCAUUGCAAUUGUGAAUUGUUGUGGUUGAGGCGUCUGUCCAGAGAAGAUGACCUAGAGACUUGUGCUUCUCCAGCACUUUUAACUGGCCGCUAUUUUUGGUCAAUUCCUGAGGAAGAGUUUUUAUGUGAGCCUCCUCUCAUUACUCGUCAUACACAUGAGAUGAGAGUCCUGGAAGGUCAGAGGGCAACCCUGAGGUGCAAAGCCAGGGGGGACCCUGAACCUGCAAUUCACUGGAUUUCUCCUGAAGGGAAGCUGAUUUCAAAUGCAACAAGAUCUCUGGUGUAUGAUAAUGGAACACUUGAUAUUCUUAUAACAACUGUAAAGGAUACAGGUGCUUUUACCUGCAUCGCUUCCAAUCCUGCUGGGGAAGCAACACAAACUGUGGAUCUUCAUAUAAUUAAGCUCCCUCACUUACUAAACAGUACAAACCAUAUCCAUGAGCCUGAUCCUGGUUCUUCAGAUAUUUCAACUUCUACUAAGUCAGGUUCCAAUGCAAGCAGUAGUAAUGGUGAUACUAAAAUGAGUCAAGAUAAAAUUGUAGUAGCAGAAGCGACAUCAUCUACUGCACUACUUAAAUUUAAUUUUCAAAGGAAUAUUCCUGGAAUACGUAUGUUCCAAAUCCAGUACAAUGGUACUUAUGAUGACACCCUUGUUUACAGAAUGAUACCUCCUACGAGCAAAACUUUUCUUGUCAAUAACCUGGCUGCUGGAACUAUGUAUGACUUGUGUGUCUUGGCAAUAUAUGACGACGGCAUCACUUCCCUCACCGCCACAAGAGUCGUGGGUUGCAUCCAGUUUACGACGGAACAGGAUUAUGUGCGAUGCCAUUUCAUGCAGUCCCAGUUUUUGGGAGGCACCAUGAUUAUUAUUAUUGGUGGAAUAAUUGUAGCGUCUGUGCUGGUUUUUAUCAUCAUCCUCAUGAUCCGGUAUAAGGUUUGUAACAAUAACGAGCAACACAAGGUCACCAAGGUCAGCAAUGUCUACUCUCAAACUAAUGGGGCUCAGAUACAAGGCUGCAGUGUCACACUGCCCCAGUCCGUGUCCAAACAAGCUGUGGGACAUGAAGAGAAUGCCCAGUGUUGUAAAGUUGCCAAUGACAACGUGAUACAGUCUUCAGAAACUUGUUCAAGUCAGGACUCCUCUACCACUACCUCUGCUUUGCCUCCUACCUGGACUCCAAGCACUUCUGUGUCCCAAAAGCAGAAAAGAAAGACUGGCACAAAGCCAAGUGCCGAACCACAGAAUGAAGCUGUCACAAAUGUUGAAUCCCAAAACACUAACAGGAACAACUCAACUGCAUUGCAGUUAGCUAGUCGACCUCCUGAUUCUAUCACAAAGGGGCCCACAUCUAAAAGAGCACAUUCAAAGCCAAAUGCUUUGCUGACUAAUGUUGACCAGAUUGUCCAGGAAACACAGAGGCUGGAGUUAAUCUGAAGAGCACUACUUCUUUCUCUCCUGAAAAAAGUUGCCACUGAUAUUUUUACUGGAUAAAAUUUAAAAAAUGUUUCAAUUCACAAAGGCUAAUUGUUGAACUGGUGUCCUAGAAGAAAUUGUCCACAGGAGCCGAAGCAGAAGUCUCUGACGCGGACGGAACUGGCUCUAUCAGACCAUGGUUCAUCCCCUUUUAAAGCCAAAUUUUUUUUUUCUUCUGGCCUACAAGUAUUUUUUUUUUUUUAAAGAAGGAAA